UACAAAAUCUGCAACAUGCAGCCAUGCCCGGAGCAGCAGGACUUUCGUGCCCAUCAGUGCUCGGCGUACGAUGAUGUGCCCUACGAUGGUGCACUGCUCAAGUGGACUCCACACUACGACUACUCGGAGCCGUGUGCUCUGACGUGCAGGGGUCGACCACAGCAUCUGCUGGAAGAUAUGCCGGAUUCGGCGGCUGCCAGCGAGUCCUUUCCGCCCGUAGCUGGCGACGACGAGCCUAGCGUCAUAGUGCAACUCUCGAACCGAGUCCAGGACGGUACCCGGUGUCGUCCCGGAAGUCUAGACAUGUGCAUCCAAGGCAAAUGUCAGCGCGUCGGAUGUGACUUGAAAAUCGGUUCCACGAAGAAGAUCGACGUGUGCGGCGUGUGCGGAGGCGACGGAACAUCCUGCAGCCAGCCGCUCUAUCAGUGGGAGAUAGCACCGAUGUCACUCUGCUCUGUCACCUGCGGAGGCGGAUACAAAAUGGCAAUGCCCACAUGCCGGAAUCGAGUGACUGGCGUUGACGUAGAGGAAUCACUGUGCAACGCUUCAUCCCGGCCGGAACCUACGGUAGUGCAAUGCAACACCCAUCUAUGUCCACCGAAAUGGGUCACCGACGAAUGGCGACCCUGUUCCAAGUCUUGCGGUGGCGGCAUUCGGGAGCGCGUAGUGGUUUGCGCGGAAGAAAGCAAUGGUGCUAAAAAUAAGGUUCCCGACGAAGCGUGCCGGGGCGUACGACCAAAGAGCCAGGAAGCGUGCAAUACUCAAGAGUGUCCCAAAUGGAUCACCGGAGAAUGGAGUGGGUGCUCGGUAUCUUGUGGCAGCGGCAUUCAGGUCCGUAGCGUUGAAUGCAUGGACUCGAGCGGCCAUCUGAGCAAUCAGUGCGACCCUAAGACUAAACCACCGUCCGGUCAGCAGUGUACGACCGGCAUCGGAUGCAGCGGUAGUGAUUUGUCGGGCUCGUCACCCCUAGCAGCUAUCAUCGCGUCAACGUCAUCCGGAUCCAGCGGUGCUGGACCAACCGAUGACAGCAGCAUGCACACCAAUCACGGCAAUGGAGCUUCUUCGAUGAGCGAAAAGCUCGUUCACGUGGAACGAGAUCCCACACUGAUGACGUACAACGACCAGCCGUACUACGCUCAACCACUGCGACAGGAUCGGCUUCCGAAAGCGGAGAAAAUCGUAUCCCAGAGGGUACCCAGCGAGGCAACGUAUAUCCAAGACACUGAAUGGUCACCGUGCAGCGUAACCUGUGGCGAAGGAAUCCGUCGGAAGCCGUUCCGGUGUAAGAUCUUUCUGGAAUUCUCCAAGCGGGUAGCUAUUCUGAACGAUUCGCUCUGUCAUGCCUACAAACCGUUGGAUGAGGUCGAACGAUGUGUCAUGGAACCAUGCUCGUACUCACACAAUUUUGAGGAAUCUUAUCUAAAGGAUGGCAACCGACAAAAUCUGGACGGAAUCAAAGUUCAAGCAGCCGUACCAGGGAAAACCUACUCAUGGCGGGAAGAAGGUUACACCAGCUGUAGUGCGUCCUGUCUGGGUGGAGUCGAAGAGCUUAUCAUCAACUGUAUCCGUGAUGAUACGGCAAAGAUAGUGUCUCCUUUCUUGUGCUCACCCGAGACAAAACCCGAGGCGCGGAUACGAACCUGCAACGAUAUACCGUGUCCACCUCGGUGGAAUUAUUCCGAGUUCACACCAUGUUCGAAAUCAUGCGGAUUCGGCAUUCAGACACGUGAAGUAACCUGUAUUCAUGAAGUGACCCGUGGUGGCGAGAAUACGAUGAUCGUACCAAACAGUAUGUGCACAACGAAACCUCAACCGGAUCGACAGUACUGCAACAUUAUCGAUUGCCCCGUACGGUGGGAAGUGUCCGAUUGGAGCAAGUGUUCGAAACCAUGCGGUGGAGGAAUUAAAGAGCGUCGCGUUGAAUGCAAGCAAAUUAUGGCUCAAGAGCAUAAAGUGGAGCGACCGGCUUCCAUGUGCCCAAGCAGUAAGCCACCGGAUAAAAAACCUUGCAACACGAAAGCCUGUGCUCCGGAAGACCAACGGCCGCCGAUUGCUGGAACAAACUCGACCUUCAUACAGCACGAUCCUAAAAAGAAUAAAAUCACUUUGAAAAUCGGUGGUGCUGCUACCGUUUUCUUCGGAACACAAAUCAAAAUCAAAUGUCCAGUGAAACGAUUCAAUCGUACCAAGAUCAAAUGGAGCAAAGAUCAAACACCUCUAACCAAGUCGAAGAAAAUCAAAAUCUCCAAGAAAGGAGCGCUACGCAUAUUGGACGUCACAUUCCGGGAAGCGGGGAUGUACACCUGUCAUGCUGGCUUAAGUCAUGCCGAUCUUCGCCUUUCGGUGAAACCAAAACCGGGCGCAGUCGAAAGUAACAGCGAGGACAACGAAAGCCAUCGUGAAGGAGCGGAUCUAAAUGCACUGAGGGAUCAUACGUAUGUGGUGUCCCAGAAUGGGGCCGACGAAAAGGGUGGAAGAAGAAAUCGUGAAAAAGCUCGAGGGAAAAACCGCCAACGACCGCCUUCCGAUACCGUUCAGAAUGCAGCAAGUAGUGUAAUGGAGGACGAGGAGCUCAUGAGAUCCCAUUCGCAAAUGACCGCCUCCGACAGUACGGUGCCCUCGGACGGAGCGAUCGCGGCCAGCUCCGGUACCCGAACGAUGCCAAUGCCGCACUUUCAGCACCUUCUAGCCAGCCUACAGCUUCUUCUAUGGCCAUUUCAGACAUUCACCAACUCGAAAGGCCACCAGCUACUGAUGGAACAGGAGUACAGCCAUUUUGAUUCGGAUCGAGCGGAGAAGGACGAACCGGCUAAGCCGUUCAACGUGUACGAACUGCUGAAGGCUCGGGAUAGGUACGGGCUAGGACUGACGGCUGAGCGGAACGACUCCACCGACGCAGGCGGAGGGGACCUGGCACCGCUGGUGGAAAGCAUCGAGUUCGAGUGGAUGACAACGCCCUGGUCCGAAUGCUCACAAACGUGCGGAUCCAACGGCAGUGGCUAUCGGCUUCGAUCAGCGCACUGUAUGGUAAAGCUGACCAACUCCAGUCACACGGUAGACAACAGUCUUUGCGAGGACGCAGGCCUCGUGAUACCGGAAACAGUGGAAAAGUGCGGCAAUGUCGAGUGUCCUCGCUGGGUCACCACCGAGUGGUCCGUUUGUCUGCAGUCCAAGUGUUUCAGCUGGCACACGGCCCUACAGAAGCGGGAUGUUUUCUGCAAAUUCGCCAACGUCAGUCUCAGCGACAAGUGUGAUGAAUUGGAGAGGCCCGUUACCAAGCAGGAGUGUUACAACGAAAUGUGCAAGGGUGUCUGGCGGGUGGAACCCUGGUCGGAGUGCAAUUCUGCCUGCGGUGGCCAGGGAAUUAAAUACCGAAUACUACAGUGCGUUUGGUACGGUACAAAGAAACCGGCUGGUAAUGCUUGCAAGGAUCAGCCCAGGCCAGCCGUCAUGAAGGUUUGUAAAGGACCACCUUGUAUUUCUAACCUAUCAGAGUGCAAAGACUUAUCGAGGUAUUGUAAAAACGUAAAAUCCAUGGGCCUAUGUAGACUUCACCGUUACCAGCAACAAUGUUGCAAAACUUGUAGGUUUAAUAUUUACUAA